AUGGGUAAAGAUAAAAAGAAGAAGGGUCUUUCUGAUGACGACUACAUGUCUAUGCUUGCUGAGGAUGCUCCACCAGCGGAAGACACAACAACAGCCGAAACAACAUCUACUCCUACUCAAUCAACUCCAUCAGAAUCUACAAAAAAUAACAACAAAAAGGAUAAAAAGAAAAAGAAUGAUGAUUAUGUGUCCAUGAUAGCCAAUAAUGACACUGAUCAACAACAAGACGAAAAUGCUUCUGAACAACAACAGCCACAACCUAAAAAAGGAGAACCCAAGAAGCAAGAGAGCAAGAAGGAUAAAAAGAAGAAAGGAGCCGAUGAUUAUUUGUCAAUGAUAGCUAGCGAAGAGCAAGUAGAAAUAGAAGAGGAAAAACAUGCGGAACCAAAGGAUGAAACCAAAAAGGAUGAUAAGAAGAAUAAAAAAGAAGACAAAAAAGACGACAAAAAGAAGGACGAAAAGAACAAAAAAGAUGAAAAGAAAAAGGACGACAAAAAGAAAGAGGAUAAAAAAGAUGAAAAGAAACCAGCUGCAAAGCCAGGCUCAGCUGCUGCCAAAAAGGCUCCUCCAAAGGCCGUUGCUGCUUUAAAAGAAAAGCUUGAAAGGGAAAGACUUGAAAGAGAGAGACUUGAAAGAGAAGAGGAAGAGAAGCGAAAAGAGCUCGAAAUGCUUCAAAAGUUGGAAGAGCAAGAGAAGCGAAGACAAGAGGAGGAAAAGAGAAAAGAAAAACUCAAAAAAAAGCAAGAAAUUGAGGAACUCAAGAAGAAAGGCCUUUACAAAUCAAAGAAACAGCUUGAGGAAGAAAAAAGAGCAGAGAAUAUGAAAGCAUUGAUGCUUCAAAUGGGUCAUGUUGCUGCUUUGUCUGACAAGAAGAAGGAUGACAAGACCAAGAAGGAUUCCAAAAAGAAGGAUGAAACACAAGCAGAAAAAACUCCAAAAGAGGAAAAAAAGAAAGAAGAAAAGAAGAAGAAGGAAGAAAAGAAGGAGGAACAUGUCAAACAAGUUGCUGUGGAUGACGAUAGUUGGGAAGAUUUUGAUCUUGACGGUGAUGAUUCAGUCAGCAAGCCAGCUGUUGAGAAGCAAACUGUUGAGUCUUCAAAGACUGAUGAAUCAGUUAAAACUGAGGACAGUGCAGAGGAGGAAGAAAAUACUAUUACUCAUGCUGCUGACCAAACUAACGAUCAAUCCAGCGAUCAGUCCAGUGACCAGCUAGGAUCAUCGAGCCAGACAGAGGAUGAGAAACAAAAGGGAUCCACAAACGAUCUCCGUAGCCCUAUUUGCUGUGUCCUUGGUCACGUUGACGUUGGUAAAACGAAAAUUUUGGAUAAGAUCAGAAGCACUAAUGUUCAAAGUGGCGAAGCUGGAGGUAUUACUCAACAAAUCGGUGCUACUUAUGUUCCAAUCGAUGCUAUUAAGAAACAAACUUUCAAACUUAACGAGUCUGUUAAGCAACAAUUGCAGUAUAAUCUGCCAGGUUUGCUUAUCAUUGAUACUCCUGGACACGAAUCCUUCAACAACUUGAGAAGUAGAGGUUCAUCACUUUGUGAUAUUGCUAUUCUCGUUAUUGAUAUCAUGCACGGACUGGAAAGACAAACUAUUGAGUCUUUACAAUUGAUUAGAAAUAGAAAGACACCAUUCAUUGUUGCAUUGAACAAGGUUGAUGCUUUGUACGAAUGGAAGGCUACUCCAAAUGCUCCAAUUAGAGAGUCUUUGAAGAAUCAAAAGAAGAACGUAAUGCAACAAUUCGAACAAAAAGUCAAAGAUGUUCAAAAUCAACUCAUGCAACAUGGUAUCAACUCUGAGCUUUACUUUAAGAACAAGGACUUUAAGAAUUGUCUUUCUUUAGUUCCAACAUCAGCACACACUGGUGAAGGUAUUCCUGAUCUAUUGGCUCUUAUGUGUCAAUUAACUCAAAAGCACAUGGUAAAGAAGUUAACCUACAAAACUGAGGUUCAAUGUACAAUUUUGGAAGUUAAGGUUGUUGAAGGUCACGGUACCACUAUUGACGUUAUUCUUUCCAAUGGUAUUUUGAGAGAAGGUGACACAAUUGUGGUUUGCGGUCUCAACGGUCCUAUUGUUACUCAAAUUCGUGCCUUAUUGACACCGAAACCAUUACGUGAAAUUAGAGUGAAAGGAGAAUAUAUUCACUGUAAGGAAGUGAAAGCAUCUUUGGGUAUCAAGAUUUCUGCUCAAGAUUUAGAUGGUGCUGUUCCUGGAAGUAACGUACUUGUUUAUAAGCCAGGUGAAUCCAACUUGGAAGAUAUGAAGAAGGAAGUAAUGGCAGAUUUGAACGAAGUUUUGAACAGAAUCUCUACUACUGGAAAAGGUGUUUUCGUGCAAGCAAGUACUUUGGGUUCAUUGGAGGCUCUACUUGAAUUUUUGAAGUCAGAAAACAUUCCUGUUUCUGGUAUUAACAUUGGACCUGUUCACAAGAAGGACAUCAUUAGAACUUCGGUAAUGUUAGAGAGUGCUCCUGAGUAUGCUGUGUUAUUGGCUUUUGAUGUUAAAGUCACUCAAGACGCUAAGGAAGAGGCCGACAAAUUAGGCAUCACAAUCUUCUCAGCAGAUAUUAUUUACCACUUGUUCGACAGAUUCAAGGAACACAAGGCCAAGAAACUUGAAGAAAAGAAGCAGGCCGCUCAAAACGAGGUUGUUUGGCCUUGUGUUUUGAAAAUCCUUCCAGAUUGCAUUUUCCACAAGAAAGAUCCAAUCACUGUUGGUGUGGAGGUGGUAGAUGGUAUUUUGAAGGUUGGAACUCCACUUGUUGUUCCAACAAAGGAUCAACUUGUGAUCGGUAAAAUUGCGAGUAUCGAGCAUAACAAGCAACCUGUUAAGGAAGCUGAAAAAGGAAAGCAAGUUGCUGUUUCAAUCGAUUCAGGAGGAAAAAACAUUGCCUAUGAAAAACAUUUUGACCACAACGACCUUCUCUACUCCAAGAUUUCAAGAAGAUCUAUUGAUCUUCUGAAGGAGCUCUAUCCUGAAAUUAAGGAUAACAAGAACUUGUUGGUGUUAAUCAAGAAACUCAAAGACAUUCUCAAUAUUCCAUAA